AAGUUUCCCAGCAUCGCUGCUCGAUGACCAUGUUUUACCGAGAAUAUUAGCAGCAGAGGUAAAAAGGUAAGGAGGACAUAACAUUGAGCGGCAUGAGUAUUUCACCGAUUCAGAGUCAAGAUCAAAGACACCACUCGCAAAUGGGCGACGCACAACGAUAGUGAAAGAAAAUCUGACAACAAAUGUCAGUUGUCUGUUAAAUUUUUGGGUUUUAUUGAUUGUCCGGUUUUUUUUUUUUGCUACUUGUAAGUUGUCAGUCAACCCCAUCAGCCCCUCAUAAUGGCAUUUCUCUGAUCGUCUGAGAGAGGCUAUGACACCCCAUAGACGCCACAGCUUUCAGCACAACAGUACUCUCAUCGCACAUUUCCUCAAGUGGUUCUUUUGAGCCAAUCAGCCGUGUUUGUAGUCCAAAUAUCGAGUAAAUCAUUGGCUUGGUACUGUUCUAAGUGGUUUCACUGCAGGUCAGCUCCGAGUUUUAUUAAUAGCUGCCCACGGCCACAGAUCUGUUGUUGCGAAACUCGCCGGCGUAGCUUGGCUUUCGGUAUUGUUGUGAACUUCAAGGGUGCCGAUCGGGAUUCUGGUGAGGUCAUGGAGAAAUACGUGCUGUUUAUAAUACUGGUCUGGCUCGCUGCUUGUGUCGCUCAGAAACCAGAUGUAAGACCUUUGAAUAUUGCGCAUCGAGGGAGCUCAGGUCGAUUGCCCGAACACACAAUAGCUGCAUACAGGUUGGGUAUCAAAGACGGCGCAGAUUACAUUGAAUGCGACGUCUGCGUCACCAAGGAUCUUAAACUCAUCUGCCGCCACGAGAGCUGGCUGAAUGAAACCAGCAAUGUCUGGGAGAACACAAGCUUUCGCUCAAAACAGAAGACGUAUAACAUAUCAGGCCAUGGUGUGAUCACUGAUAUCUUCAGUGUAGAUCUCACUCUGGAAGAAAUCAAAACCAUUGGCGUCAGACAGAGGUACUCUUUCAGAGAUCCAAACUACAACGACUUGUAUACGAUUCCAACUCUUGAAGAAUACAUCGAGGUGGCGAAAUCCGCUGGUAGACCUGUAGGAAUAUACCCUGAAAUCAAGAGCCCUGAGUGGGUGAAUUCUCUAGACAUUCUCCGCAAUGCCAACACUACCUUUGAAGAUCUGCUCGUUGAGGUUUUGCACAAGAAUGGAUAUCGCGAGAAAGAUUCACCUUGCUUUGUCCAGUCGUUCAGCGAGGCUAGCAUCAGGUCACUGGCAACAAAAACCAAGCUUCCUUUGGUGAUGCUGUAUGAAGAUCCCGUCCCCGAGGCCAAACUGAAAAACUUAUCCUCCAUCUGUUAUGGCGUGGGACAGUGGAAGGACAAGAUCAUACCAGUACGUGAUAAUUACCUCCAAAGUACCACAGAUUUCGUCGCCAACGCGCACAAAUACAACCUGAAGGUUCAUGCGUACACCUUUAGGAACGAGGACAAAUAUUUGGCUUGGAAUUACACUCAAGAUCCGUUCAAUGAGUAUGAAACAUUCUUGAACAUUCCAGUUGACGGCUAUUUCACAGAUUUUCCAGCUACCCUGAAAAAAUUCCUUGACAUGGAAUAUCCCACACCAGCUGCUUCUUCGCCACCAUGCCCAGCUGGCAACGCCCCUGGCUUAUACAGGAGUGGGAUUUCUUUGUUUUCUCUUGUUUGUAUUGCAUUGCUUUCCUACAUGGCUUUUGUAUAAACAAUGACCCGCGGGUUAAAGCAAAUAUGCUUGAAGAGUCGCGGUGUACGUAUCUGUGUAAUUCUAGGAAUUCAAGCUGAGUUAUGUACCUUGUUUUGCCAUGUUAAGUCUCUGAUAUUUCCUUAUGUAAACUUAGUCAUUAUGAGCUUAAGCUCGUAAGCGUUCAGAUUCUUCACACAGCAGAAAGUGAAUCAGUGAUAAAGGACCUGGGCUUUGUAAAGAUUUGUUUACACAUUAAACGCACCGAAACAUGCGUGAAUGUUAUAUUCGGGUAUGCCAACAUAGGGACCCCGCUAGCUCGAACUUGGUUCUUCGAAUUCCCCGUUAUUGCGUUAUAACUCCACCCCCCAUUUCCCUUAGAUAUGCCCUUGUUUUUUCAAUCAUUUACCAUGACUAUUUCGAAUUCCCCGCCAUUUCAAACUGAUUUCUGUUUCCUUGGCCUAAAAUCAACCCCGUUAAUUUCGAACUCCAUUGGUAGAGUUGUAAAAUAAACCGUAUGCCAUGUUAAAAAUAAAAAAAAGUGUUGCAGUGCUUACUUUACAAUCAGAAUGUUUGAUCAGAAGAAAACUCGGGCAUUGAAAUGAGGAAGCAAUUCGAAUUGAAUCUCUUCAAUCGCACUGUGCAUAAUGUCACGAAUAACUAACGCACGUGACAACCAAAUCAACCAAAAGCCAGUUUUCGUUGAUAUGUUACAUGUAAAAGGGUUCUUAGAAAGUUUCGUGAUAUAUACACUCUUCUUAAGCCCCAUCCAAACGUGAAAUGUUUGGCGAUCAAACACGAUCAAACAAAAUUUGAAAUAUGUCAUUAAAUAUUUGAUCAAACAUUGUAGAACAUUUUGUUCGCGAAACGUGUUUGAUACCGCUCGGCCACUCAGUGCAAAAUAAACAUGUUUGAU